AUGACGCAAUAUAGCCUGCCAAUACUUACAUAUGCGGAGGACGAGGCAGCUGUCCAGGACGCUGCUGUGGAGCCUGCUAAAGCGGCGCCAUCGCCGCGGUUGGCGGUCGCCAGCGCACGCGAUGCGGAUGUCACUGUGGCAGCACCGCCAGCGGCGCGGGCGAAGCAAACGCAGCAGCGCGACACGCGGCAGCAGCAGCAGCCACCGCACCAGCACGCGGAGGGUGUGCAGCGCAAAAAGCGCUUGCCGCAGCAGUCGUCGGCGGCAAAAGCGGAAGAGCUGGCCCGCCUGCGCCACCGGCGAGUCUUCGUGUGCAUGCUCAGGCUGCUUGACAAAGGCGCGGCCGACGCGGGGCAGCUGGCGCGGCUCACCGAAUCCCUGACAGGGGAGGAGUUCAUGCAGGUGGCCGAGGAGCGCGCGCUCGCCGGCAAGUGCGGCAACCCGCUCUGCGCCAAGCCCCACCACUCCCCCGACUGUGGCGCCGCGUACCGCCGCGCCGCGCGCGGCGUCAUGCGCAGCGGCCCCGACCACUUUUGCGGCGUCGCGUGCAGCUUGUUCGCGGAGCAGGUGGCCAAGUCGCUGGGCGAGACCGCCGCGCAGCGCCUCUCCCCAAGCGCGCUGGAGCGCGCUCUCAUGCAGCCGAGCCACGCGCCCGGCGGCGGCCCGAAGGCGGCUGCGGCGCAGGCGCCGACGCUUCCCGGGGCGCCGCCCGCCGUCGCGGCGCGCGGCGGGGGCGUGACGACCAUGCUGGCGGAGGUGCGAGAGCGGGAGCCGGGGGCUGCGGGGCCGCGGCCGCCGGCCCAGGAGGCCGUGGCGGACAGCGUCGAGGGAUAUGUGCCACGGGCGGCUGCAAAGCAGCUGCUUCCACAGCAGCAGCAGCAGCAGCAGCAGCAGCAGCAGCAGCAGCAGCAGCAGCAGGAACAGCAGCAGGAGCAGGAGCGGGGGCAGGAUAGUGCCUGCAAAGGGCAGCGGCAUCCGGGGUGGCAGGCAACAGACGAGCCGCAUAGACCUCAGCAGCUGAAGCAGGAGGCACAGCACCAGAAGCAGGCGCAAGAGCAGCCCUCGGAGCAGCAUCCACCAUCGCCGCUGCGGCCGCCGCCGCAGCAGCAGCAACAGCAGCAGGCGGUGUCGGAGCAUGAAGUGCGGCCGGAGGUGCAGCUGCAAGAACAGGAGCAGCAGCCGCCGCAGGAGCAGCAGCAGUCGCAGAAGCAGCAGCAGCCGCAGGAGCACCUGCAAGAGCAGCAGCAGGAGGAGCAGCAGUGA